AUCCUGAUAUUGUAGCAGUAUUUAUAGACCAGUAGGUAAUCUCUGAGAAAAACUUAGUUUAUACCAUCUCCGCUUCUUGACUUUGGCUUUCCUGCACUCUCUACCCUUCCGCUUUCAUCUCAUGCUCGUUUUACCCUGUUCGGUUCUUUCUCAGCCAAAGAGACAUCUGUAGACUAGUUCUGUCCAACUCUCAAACAGUUACAGCUUUGCCUCUUCUUCUCUGUCACUGUAAGUUGUGAGAGCCUUGAACUUAAAUCCAUCAAAAGAGGUGGUUGUGGUGGAUCGAGUUGGAUCGACGCAGAUCGAACAAAAUCAAAUGGAAUUGGAUCGCUACCCAGCGACGAAGAGGAUUCGUGAGAUUGAAUCCAAACCCUCCGAUCGAGUCGAUCGGAAACAAAUUGAAUCCAAACCCUCCGAUCCUGUUCCUCAACUUCUUCAACUGAGCUCCUCACAGGCCUCCAACCUCAAAGGCGGCGACUUUGACAUCAAGGGGAAUUUGAUUCGUGCUACUACCAAUUCCAAAGGGGUAAGAAUUUUCGAUUUCAACAAUAAGAUAGAACUUUCUAGGUCAAAACUGAGCUCCUCACAGGCCUCCAUCCGCCCAGGCGCCAACUAUAACUUCAGUGCGAAUAAAUUUCAUGCUCCCGAAUCCGAACAUGUAGGAUUUUUCGAUUUUGGCAAUAACCGAAAACUUUCUAGGUCAAAACUGAGCCUCUCACAGGCCUCCAAAGGCACAGGCGGCAUGCUCGAGCGGAAGCGGGCUGUAGAGGAGUUUGACCUUCCUGGAUCGAGUGUGAUGGAGAAGGACAAGUGCUACUCAGUGGCGAAGGGGUUUAUAGAGGAGCCUGACCAUCUUCAAAGUACUCUUCACUCCUCAGGGCUAAAGCGGAUUCUACUGGAGUAUGAUGAGAUUGAAUCCAAUCCCUCCAACGAUUUCAAGUGCGCCAUUGUCGAGCGGAACCCAUAUGAAUGGCAAUUUGGAAUCAGAUGCGCUAGUGGAACUAAAUUCGAGAGUGGGAUUUAUCAUGGGUGGAUCCAGUUUCCGGAGGAGUACCCAUCGAAGCCUCCUUCAUUCACGCUUUUGACUGAAAAUGGUCGCAACAAGAUCAGGAUAAGGCGACUGAAUGAUUGGCAGCCGUCAUGGAGGGUGCGAGAUGGUUUACUUGCACUUAUUGAUGAAAUGCCCACCUACCUAGAUGGUGAAUUGGGUUCAGUAGAAUGCAGUAGGGAAGAAGGGCUUGAUCUGGCCAUCAAAUCUCGUGCGGCAGCCCCAAAAUAUGGCACUGGCGAACGUCAGAAGGUAAUUGAUGAGAUUCAUGAAUAUCUGCUAAGCAAGUCACCACCUGUUCCUGUUCCUCAACUCCAACUGACGAGAAACACUCCGUGUCAGGAAGAGGUGGUUGUGGAUCGAGUCGGAUCAACGCAGAUGGAAUUGGAUCGGAGUUUUAUAGCGGAGGACAUGUGCAACAUAAAGAACUCAGAGGAGAAGCGGAUUCUAGAGGAGUAUAAUGAGAUUGAAUCCAAUCCCUCCCGCGAUUUCAAGUGCCUCAAGCUCGAUUGGAACCCAUAUGAAUGGCAAUUUGCAAUCAGAGGCCCUAAUGGAACUGAAUUCGAGGGUGGGAUUUAUCAUGGGCUGGUCCAGUUUUCGGAGGGAUACCCAUCGAACCCUCCUUCAAUCAUGUUUUUGACGAAAAAUGGUCGCUUCAAAAUCCAAACCAACGUCAGCUCAAGGCUAUUAUUGAACUGGCAGUCAACAUGGAGGGUGCGAAAUGCUUUACUUGCACUUAUUGAGGAAAUGCCCACCUACCCAGAUGGUGAUGAUGAAUUGGAUUCAGUAAAAUACAGUAAGGAAGUAAGGCAUGCCCUGGCCAUCAAAUCUCACGCAGCAGCCCCAAAAUUUGGCUCUCCUAAACGUCAGAAGCUAAUUGAUGAGAUUCAUGAAUAUAUGCUAAGCGAGGUACCACCUGUUCGUCAACUCGUCUACACCAUUACUGGGAAUACAAUUCAUGCUACCAGGGCCAAAAAUGUAGGAGUUUUCGAUUUUAUGGAUGAGGCCCCCAAAUUCAUGACAACAAAAACAAAAUUUUUUCGGGUUUUCAUUUUUUCGUCAAUACUUUUUGGUUUUUCGUCAAUACUUUUUGGAUUUUGGUCAUUCCGAGGGUGAUGAACUAACUGAGGUGAUCAAGUCUGUAGCGUUUGCGUAGGGCUCUUUCUUUGGUAGCUUCUCCUAAUUUAGGAAAUUAGUAGUAAUGUAAUUAAUUGAAAAUGGGCAUUCUAGUUUACGACCGUGAUUUCAUAUACUUUGUCCCCAUAGAAAUGCUCUUCUCAAGCUUGUUCUUAUUCAACUUCAUUGAUUGCCUAUUUAUA